UUUAAAACAGAUGGUAUCGGCAUUAGCCGAUACUGCACAGCCAGGUAUCGGUAUCGGGGCAAAAAAAUGGCAUCGGUGCAACACUAAUAAUGAUAUAAGCAAAUGGUGUUUAAGUGAUAUAUUUUCUUGCCAUAGUUUAUCUGUUUUUCUUAAAUAAUGUUUUAGUUGCUCACUGCUAUUAGAUAAGUGAUCAGGCUAUUAUUCCAGCAGGAUGUGUAACCAGGUGCUGAAUGAGAAGCAGGCUGGCGCGUGCAGCCCCAUGGAAAGGUAGCCCCCCGGCUGCAAACUUUGGACCAAUCAGGACGCAGCUUUGCCUUCCUACAAGCAGGACCAGCAGAGGUUCAACCUCUAAAGAAGAAACUAUCUGCUUUCAAUUUAAAACUGACAAAGCUCUUCCGCUGACAUAUAAAACAACCAACUAAUUAUCACUGAAGGAAACGUUUCCAAGUGAUGACAAUGUUGGGUAUGUACGUGCCAGACAGAUUUUCUCUGAAAUCGUCAAACGUCCAGGAUGGAAUCGGUCUUUACACGGCGAGGCGGGUGAAAAAGGGGGAAAAGUUUGGCCCGUUUGCCGGUGAGAAAAAGCUGCCCAGUGAGCUGGAUGAAAGCUCAGACACCAGGCUGAUGUGGGAGGUUCGUGGCAGUAAAGGGGAUGUUCUGUAUAUUCUGGAUGCAAGUAAUCCUCGCCAUGCCAACUGGCUGCGGUUUGUCCAUCAGGCGCCUUCACAUGAGCAGAAGAACUUGGCAGCUAUUCAGGAUGGAGAGAACAUCUUCUACCUGGCUGUGGAUGACAUAGAGACAGAUACAGAGCUUCUGAUAGGCUACCUGGACAGUGACAUGGAAGAAGAAGAGGAAGAGGAGGAGGAAGAUGUAAAAGAUGAAGAUGAGAGCAGUAAAGAGGCCAAACAUCUUGUAGAAAUGGAACUUGUCAUAAAGAAGGAAGACCACCCCUGCCUGCUCUGUGAGAGCAGUUUUCCAAGCGAGGAGAUCCUGGCCGCCCACCUGCAGAGUCUGCACCAGAGGCCCAGCACCGAGGAGAAGGAGUUCAAAUGCAGGAACUGUGGCAAAAAGUUCCCCAUCAAACAAGCUCUGCAGCGCCAUGUUUUGCAUUGUUCUGAGACACUUGAUCCGUCAGGUGAUUCUAAAGCUCACCAGUGCUCCCUUUGCCACAACACCUUCAGCUCAGAAUCCAGUUUCGAACAGCAUAAGGAGGCAUGCAAAGGAGAUGCCAGGUUCAUAUGUAAAGCAGAAAGCUGUGGGAAAAGAUUCAAAAGCAAGGACGCUUUGAAGAAACACAAAGGCAAUGUGCACACAGGAAGUGCACGACGGAAGCUAACUUGCACCAUAUGCAACAGAAAAUGUUCUUCUUCUCUAAAUCUUCAAGAGCACAGAAAGAUACACGAAAUAUUUGAGUGUCACGCAUGUGACAAAAAAUUCAUCUCAACCAACCAGCUCAAACGCCACAUGAUCACACAUUCCGAGAAGCGACCGUACACCUGCGAGAUCUGCAGUCGAUCAUUCAAGCGUUUGGAUCAGGUGACGGCUCAUAAGAUCAUCCACAGCGAGGAUAAGCCGUACAAAUGCAAGCUGUGUGGAAAAGAGUUUGCUCACCGCAACGUCUACAAGAAUCACAAGAAGACCCACUCCGAGGAAAGGCCAUUUCAAUGUGAGGAGUGUAAAGCGCUGUUCCGCACCCCCUUCUCUCUGCAGCGCCACCUUCUGAUCCACAACAGUGAAAGGACAUUCAAAUGUGACCAGUGCGACGCCACCUUUAAGAGAAAGGAUACGCUGAACGUCCACAUCCAGGUGGUGCACGACGGCCACAAGAAGUACAAGUGUGACCUCUGUGAGAAGGCCUUUGUCACCCCCUCUGUCCUGAAGAGCCAUAAGAAGACUCACACAGGGGAGAAGGAGAAGAUUUGCCCUUACUGUGGACAAAAGUUCGCCAGCAACGGCACGCUCAGGGUUCACAUCCGCAGCCACACAGGUGAGCGACCAUACCAGUGUCCCUACUGCGACAAAGCAUUCAGCAAGAACGAUGGCCUGAAGAUGCACAUUCGGACCCAUACUCGGGAGAAGCCGUACAAAUGCAGCGAGUGCAACAAGGCCUUCAGCCAGAAACGAGGACUGGACGAGCACAUGAGGACGCACACGGGAGAGAAACCCUUCCAGUGUGACGUGUGCGAUCUGUCAUUUAGCCUGAAGAAGAUGCUCAGCAGACAUAAGCUGACUCACAACCCCAACCGGCCCAUGGCGGAGUGCCAGCUCUGCCACAAGAAGUUCACCCGGAACGACUACCUCAAAGUCCACAUGGAGAAUGUCCACGGGGAGACAGAGAGCUAAAGCCAAUUACAAGAGCACAAAUCAGAUCCUUAAGAUAAACUUCUGCCUCGUGUUUUACGUAGCAGAAAAGUCUGAACAUGCAGCGUGUAGAGAUGGACAGAUAGCUGCAAUGUUGGUAUUACCAAUAGAUGCAUGAAGAACAGAGGAAACAUCAAGACAGGCAUGUUAAAAUUGAAACCAAGACUCUUUGUCUAAUUUUUUUCCCCCAUCAUCCUGUUUCUUCAUUAUUUUUAAUAUUUGAACAAACCCAUUCCCAUAUGCUAUAUAUGCCUCUGGAGCCGCUGAGUCUGCUCCCAGGAAUGUCUUGCAUUUCACAUCCAAUCCUCCAGACGUCUUAGCAGUAUUGCUCUGUGUACCAUUCCAACCAGAGCCUGUUGUACCUCGAUGUGUGUUUGUGGCCUGUUGCCAAGUGCUGAAGAAAACCAGCAAGCAGAUUCCUUUUUAGGGUCCUUUUAUCCUUCUACCCCAACACCUGCUCUUUGAGAAGUCAAACUAAUGGACAAAAUCCAUCCCCAUCGUUUUGGGGGCUGUAUUGUACAAGUGAUGGAACUGGAUUGUUGAAUGGAGCUCUAAAAUAAGGAAGAUGCUGCAUGAUUUACUUUGGCUAACAAAAUUUAUUCAGUUGCUUUUUUACCAUAAAAUUUGGAAAACAAAACGUUUUUAUGAUUUCAAUUCGCAGCUUUUUCAUUGUAAACAUACUUGUUAGCGUAGCUAAAAUUGGAUCCAGGUGUUAAAAAUAUCUAUUUUGUCAUGUUCAAUCUGGAUUGGUUGAUGGGAUAUUUAGGGUUAGAGAAACACAGUUGUUGGUUGUGAAUUUGGGUUCAGUUUGUUACAUGUUUUAGAAACCCUAAGCUACUGCUGAGAACAGGAUCCCUAUAGCAUGAUGCUGCCUUCACCAUGCUUCGCACAUGGUCAAACAGAGAUGUGCAAUUUAAAUCUGAUUUACACCUUGGCACCUUCUUUUUCCGUGUUCCUUACUUGUCCUCUGGGAUUAGCUUCCUUUUUUAAUCUCCCACUGAGUCCAGUGGAAGAUCCGAUUUGUGAUUUACACAACUAAAACCUGCCCUGUCAAUAGAUUUUGUUUGUCCACUGAGCUGAUGUCAUUUAGCACAUUUCUGAGACUGAACAAGUGGAUUUUACAGACUUAUAUAUAUUUUCUGUUCCCCUCAACAGUUAAGGACUACUUUGCUUUUAUUUAGUACAUAAAAUCCCACAAAAAUGUCUUAAAGUUUGUUGUUUUCUGUGAAAAAAUCUAAAAAGUUUAUUAAGUAUGUAUAGUUGAGGAAGUGUUCUGUGUUCUCUGUCUGCUCUCAGCAGAUUUGGUUUGAACGUCAUGACUGGCUUAAGAUGAAUGGAUUCUGGGUUCAAAAGAUGUUUUUUUGGCCACAUAUUUGUGGACAAAUGUUUUUUUUCUCUUAAAGAACUAAAGAAGAACCAAACAACUAUUUUUGUUUUCUCUUUAAUCUUUAUUUCGCUAUAAAUUUCCCAGGAUGUUGUGCCUUAUAAACUGUUUACAUGGUUUUAUGAUAA